AUGAAACGGUACUACUUACCUGCGGCGGCUUUUGUUGUUGUGGUUGCUGCCGCGUAUGCAUCGACUUUUUUCAGACCGUCGGAACCCGGGUGGCGUGAUGAGAAGCCACACGAACGGAGCAAAGGAUUCACAACAAAUUAUGCAUCGGCAUACUUGGGUGCUACGUUGACUGAUUUUAGUCCAGAAUGCCUUGAUGCAUCUUCAGUUCUCAAUGAAGAUAAUGAGAAGUAUAUGCUGUGUCCCUGCAAUACACAGCGGAAAUACUUCACCGUGCAACUUAUACGUGGUAUCGAGGUUCGCAUCAUGACACUUGUGAGCCAAGAGCAUUUCAGCUCCAGGGUAAAAAAUUUUACUGUGCUUGGAAGUAGCAGGUACCCAACUAAUGAAUGGCGAGUGCUGGGACACUUCAAAGCGGAUCCGUGGCGGGGCACUCAACAUUUCGAUGUGGCAAAUCAGCAACCUGUGCGGUUCCUGCGCUUCUUAUGGGCAACUUCAUACGGAGAACAUUCAUGGUGCGCGCUCACCACCUUCAAGGUAUUCGGUGUGGAUGUACUUGAAACUCUUACGGAGGAUUACACUGUUAGCGUAGAGGAACAACAACAACACGAGCAGGAACAGGAACAUUCUAUUCCACCCACUCCGUUAACUGAGCCACUAAUAAUUGUGUCCCCUCCUCAGGAUGACAAACACACUGCCAUUGGCAUAGAUUACGGUACCAGUGGUGCUGGCGUAACUGCUGCUGUUAUUAGUACUGUUGAGGAUCAUCACGAGACCAACAGUCGCUCCCCAGGAGGUGGUCUACUCAAGCACUCAAAUUAUGAAGGCAAUCUCUGUGUGGACUUAAAUGGCUGCAAGGAUGAUGGAAGUAAAACCAAGAAGUGUAAUGGCACCACCUUCAAUAGCAUGUAUUUAGAUACCAUUGCCCAGCGUUACUGUUCCACCGUUCUUCCACCAGAAAAUGCGUCCCGAACAUGUCUUCCACACGAACGGAAUCUAUAUGUGAUCCACCUACUCAGUUUCUGCGUAUCUCGUGUCGCGCUAUCAAACAAAAUUACCGCUCUUUCCAAACCACACACCAGCAGUUCGGUAUUACUCAUGCUUGCCCAAAUGAGUAAACAGAUAAAAACGCUUCAGCAGGAGGUAGUAGACUUGAAUUCGCGCCACAAGGAUAUGGAGUUGAAAGCCGCACAAAGGGAGAUCACGUUGCAGUGGUUAGGGAUGCAAGUGAAGGACUUCAAGCGGAGUAAUAACGAAAACCGUGACAAAUUACAGGACGUCAUGAAGCAGAUAGAGGUGCUCAAGUCCAAGUUGUCUCUUCAGCUUCACUUGGGACAGAAUUGUGAGGAUGAUUCGUUAGUGAGAGUUAUGGUGGUUGGUUCGUUGACAUUAUCCCUUUUUUCGUCGGUGCUGUCGUGCAUCACCGUUCGCACCUUUUAUCGGCCACGCAGACGCACAAGCGCAACUCACUUGGGCUGA